AUGAAUGAAAGAAAUCAAUCUAAAGCAUGUGAUUUGUUAGUGAUGAAGUCUGAUAAUAUUUUGCAAGAUAGGAUUGGUCCAUUGCCUGAUGAACUUCUCAUUCACAUUAUAUCUUACUUGCCAUUGGGGCUAGCUGUGGGUACUAGUGCGAUUUCCAGGAGGUGGAGGAAUUUGUGGAUGAAAAAUUCGUCGAAUUUAAGGUUUGAUGCCUACAAAGUGUUUGGCCAAGAGCUCAGUUACGCAGAGCAACGUUUGAAAUCACUUCAGUUUGUUAGAUUGGUGGAUGGAGCUCUUGAACAGUUGGCGUCGCCUUUGAUUAGUGUUUCUUCGUUUUCGGGUUAUUAUGAAUUGCUUGGGGAUUUUGUUUCUCAUGUUGAUCUUUGGGUCAUGUUUUCUCUUCAGAAAAACAUGCGAAUCCUUAUUAGUGGCGAAUCUUGA